CAAAAGAAUCUGUGAUUUUAUUGGAAAUUUUAUUCUAUAGUUUAGAGUUCAAUAUAAGCAUCAGUUCUAGUCAUGUACAUUGAUAACAAAAUGGAUUCAAUAUCUAGUUUAAAAUCGAUAAGACGGCAUUACAAGAAAGAUUCUCGUUAUGUAAAUGAUCUAUAUACUUUGACAUAUGACAAUCAUGAGUCACUUGAUACUGUCGAGCUAAUCUCAUCACUCUAUUUUCGCACGGAUAUUACUGACGAUAAAUCAAUCGAUACCCAGCGAUAUGUUGGUCGAAGACUCACGAUGGGCUAUACAGAUCGGUUAAUACGAAAUGCCAAUUUACAUUAUCGAUUAGCACAUGCAAAGGAUGUGGCUUUACGUCAAUUUGAGCUAGAAAAAAAUCAUCAAGGUGUGUCAGAGCUAGCAGUUUUUAUUAACAGAACAUUAAUAAAAGUAAAAAAGGAGCAACCACAGCCCAUAACUCAUCUGUCGCGAAAAUUGCUGGUGAACAUGAACAUUACUCAACUUCAAAUUGUCAUCAAUGAAAUUCACACAUUCAUCGAGUCACUAAAUGAGGCUCUCGUUAAAAAUCUAGUUGAACGUGAUGAACUGCUGUCGAAAAGAGAUGCCAUGCUAAUUGCAAUUGAGAAAAACUCAAGGGAAAAAAGGCUAAUUGAGAAGGGAAAUUUUUAAUUGCUGAAGAAAUGUCAAAAUAGGGACUGG